AUGGAUUAUGAUAAUAAGGAAGACGUACUGGGGUUUUCAACGAAGGAAGCUUUAAUUAAGUUACGAAAUGAUAUUCGUACUGUUAUUGAUGAACAUAAAAAGAAGAACCUUAAAGGAUAUGGAUUUGUUCGAAAUAUUGUUUCGUUUUCAUCAGAAAAAGUGCUUUUAUCGGGCGUAGCAUACACAAUCAUUCUUGUUUAUAUUGUUUCUUUAAUUUUGACAUAUUUAAUUGGAGGAACCUUACUUGCACAGUCUUAUUUACUUUGGGAAGCUCUUUUUCUUUUUGUAGUUUUGGUUAUAAACUUCCUAGUUGCAUUUAAUGAAGAAUGCAUUCAUAGAAAUGAAAUUACACUACGGGUUAAAAAGGUUCUUAAAACCUUAAAUGAAGCUAUAGACAAGGCAGUAUGGAGGGAGAAUCACUACCCACAUUUGUGUGCCCCAUUUUCACCAUGUGUAAUAUUACAGUGGACUUACAGAGAUGCAACAAUAGUCAAUUUGCCAUGGGCGCUUCUUGUUGAAGGUGAUAUUAUAGUCUUGAGACCAGGACAGGAAGUACCAGGUCAUUGCAAAGGUCUUCAACCAGAGGAUCCAGAACUCUUUUUUGGACAGAUUUUUCAACCUGGCGCUCAGAAUAAAGAAAAUUUUAGCACACCAAGGGUACGCACACCACAUCAAAACAAAGCUCACAAAAUGUUAGAAACUCCAUACUUAAAGAACUUAAAGUUAGCCUUGGAACAAGCUACAAACCGGCCAGUAACAGUGUUUGAAAAACAAAGAUAUUUGUGUACAGUUAAAAUAAUGGAGGGUAUUGUAUUGCCCCUUGUGAUAUCCUUAGUGGUUGUGGCUAGUUUUAUACGUCAUAUGUAUCAUUUACCUGGCGUUACACACUGGACAGAGAUCUAUUUCCUACAAACGAUUGCCGCAUCUUUGCCUCUACUGCAAAUAAUCUUCCCAAUAGCAUGGGUCACUCUCAAUUGCUAUGGACUAGCGAGGUUUAAAUUACUAUCGAAAACUCGCCAAAAGUAUGUCCGACCGAAAUCGUGUUCGAUAUCUGAAGACGCCAGCGACCCACUUAUACAGGCUCUCAGUGAAUCCAACCUAAAGCCCGAUAGUCUGCGGUCAUUAAGCAAGACAUUUCUGAACAUACUUUUGGGUAGAGAGGAUAUGGUCACCAGAACUGCUAACAUUGUCCAUGUACUAGGAUCUUUGUCGGCUUUAUGCUGCAUAGACAAAAAAGGUAUCCUAUCAUGGCCAAAUCCAACAGCAGAAAAGGUGUUCUUCCUUCGCAACUCCAGCCCCACAUCGCCAAACUCAAGUAAGACCAGUCUCGUGGGUUCUAUGGGCCACAACAGUCAAACAACAAUGGAGACGGGCGACAACAAACCUAAGCCAGACUCUUCAACUAUUGUUGAGGUACUGGACCUGACCCACGACCAGAAUGCGCCGUUCCGCGUGGAGUUCGACGAGCAGCGCUGGCGGCUCCACAUAGCGCGCCUCAAGCCGCUCGGCCUGGCGGCGCUGCUCAACACGUGCGCGCCCGCGCCCCGCCACACGUACGCGCACUUCUGCGCGCACCUCACCUGCGAGGCGCAGUACAGUGAGGACUUAGUGCCGGUAACAAACAGACGCUGCCUAUGCGAGCUGGCCAAACAAAUUGGCUUCACGGACUCUGUUGCUGAAACUUAUACCAUUCAGGAUUGUCUUGCUGUCUUCAGACACCUGCAAGCUGACACGAUAAGGCGUGAAACUCGGUUUGCUAGAUCACUGCACCUCAGUACGAGAGUGAAGGUUCCCCUUCCGCAUAUGUUGGCUGUCAUCGUGAAGGAUCAAGCCAACCAACUCCAGAUGUUAACACAGGGUACAGCGGACAUAAUACUCGAUUCAUGCGUUGACUAUUGGAAUGGGCGGGACCUCACACCGAUAUCGGCGUCAGAUCGCAAGAAAAUAAUUGACUUCUACCAAAGAAACUCCCUCACGGCCUACUGCACAGCUUUUGCUUACAAGCCUUUAACCCGCGGCAUAGCCGCGUCCCUCUCACGCAUGUACUUAGAACUGCCGGCCGAUAGCCGACGGUUGUACGUGCCGAACUCCCAACUGUGGGCUGAUGCGCCCGCGCUGCAUUUUCACUCUACGGAUUCACUAUUGUUCAAUGAAGUAACGGAUGACGACGUCAACGACGCUGACGGAUAUUUUGACAUGCAAUGCAAUCAGGUGUUCAUCGGUAUGGUGACGAUGCAGUACCAGGCGCAGAGCGACAUGGUGGAGCUGAUCGAGCGCUUGGAGCGCGCCUGCAUCCGCUUCGUGCACUUCAGCAAGGAGAACGAACUGCGCUCGCGCGUCUUCAGCGAGAAGAUGGGCCUCGAGUCCGGCUGGAACUGCCACAUCUCGCUCAUGAGCGACGUCGCCGCCAGCAAGGGGGUCUCGCCGCUGUCGUCGCAAACCUUGCCAGCGGGCAAGGAGCGCUCUAACACCGCCUCGCAACUCGCUAGGGCCAUCGACACUUGCGAUGCCACGCUCGGCUUCUAUAGCAACAACAUGACGUCAUCAAAGUCGCUGUCCAUGUCCGCCCCUGGCGCUAUUAACGUAGAACACACCACUGUUAAGUUUGACAACGAGAUAAAGAAAGCUCGGAAUUCAAUCACUACACACAGCGGAUUGAAGCGCUGCAGUAUAGCAGCGUCGCAGCGGUCGACCGACUCGUUACUCGGCGACGAGUGUGACGGCGGCGCGGGUGGCGAGGGGGCGGAGUCCCCGGCGGACGCGUGCCGCUCGCUCUCCUGCCUCACCGACUCCACAGACCACUCCGCGCCCGUCAACUUCGACAUGAGCAAUCGCGCGAAGCUGCCCCGCGGCAUCGAGAACAUCCGGCCGCACAUCGAACAGGUGGACAACGUGCCGCUGCUGGUUUCGCUGUUCACCGACUGCACGCCCAGCUCCGUGCGCCACAUGAUACAGAUCAUGCAGGACUACGGGGAAGUGGUGUGCGUUAUGGGCUCUGCGGCUAACUGCCUCAACAUGGAGAUAUUUAUGCAGGCUGAUGCCAGCAUAGCGGUGGAGCCACUGUACCCGGUGCUGUGUCAGAAAAUGCCUCCUUACCAAAUUCCUCAGAGCGGCAUCGGACCCAUACAACUGGCUAGGGCACUCAAUUCUGUGCCUUGUUCCCUGUCGCUGUUGAACAAGUGGCAAAAUCAGCCAAUGAACAAUCAUAGCAUUACUGAGAUGACACGGGACGCGGACGUGUCGCUGUUCGCGCUGAUCACGAUGUCGCGCCACUUCAUGAUGUGCUUGUGGAACACCACGCAGUUCUGGAUGUGCAGCGUAUGCUUCUUAUCGCUGCUGCAGGUGGGAUCACUGUGGUUGAUGCUGCCACUGGCGCUGAGUGCGGGCGGUGCGGCGUGGGGCAGCGCGGCCACGGCAGCGCUGGCGGCCGCGCUCGCCUUCGCGCCCGCGCGCGCCGCCGUCAUGCAGCGCGCCGCUACGCGCCCGCAGGCGAACCUGAACCGCGCCAUGGCGCUUUUCGUCUUUUGGUGCUACGCUUGCAAGUUCCUGCCCUCAGCCAUAUUUAUACUCGCCUUAUACGGAUUCACUCUACGCAGCUUCUGUGAACAAAUAGCACAGGCAACGGGUACAACGUCGUGCUGGCUGGUGUAUCCGAUAAACGUGGGCAACUUCUCCGCCUCGCACGACCUCUCUCUACGCAGUUGGCACGGCUGGGGCGACGACUUCUACGACGGUUUCUACCUCGCGCAGCACAUCACACUCGCCCUUGUCACACUGCAUUUAAUUGUGAUUUCGUUGUCUUUCGUGCAGCGACACUCCUCUAUCUGGCAGGACAGGUUCUGGACGAACAAGGUGUGGCUGGCUACAGUCGUCGUUCUGAUAGUGUUGCAGGGCAGCAUGAGCGGUAUACUGGCCCGCUCGUCGUACGGCUCGUGCGCUCGUUGGGACGUUUGUUCGCUGCGCUUCGAAGUCGGCUGGCCCCUCUUGUGCGCGUACGUUCUGUCCCUGCUCGUAGUCUUCGCGACCAACGAGCUCAUCAAGUGGCAAGAGAUCAAAGCUGAUGUCCGCAAUCAACGUCGAGCAAGACUAGACUUUGGCACAAAACUUGGGAUGAACUCGCCGUUUUAA